AUGGACAGCAUACAAGACACCAAUCUGGAUGAGUCCCUUCCGCUAGUUUAUGAAAAGGCCCGUCACCUCCCAGUUGAGGUAGAGCACAAAGCCUUUUGGGCGGUAAAAGAAUGCAAUAUAGAUUUUGGAAAAGCCGGAGCUGAAAGGAAGUUGCAACUGCAAGAAUUAGAAAACCUUCGUCUAGAAGCUUAUGAGAACUCCAGGCUGUACAAAGAGAAGGUGAAGGUUGUGCAUGAUAAGCACAUCAAGAGGAGAGAGUUCCAACCUGGGGACUUAGUCCUCCUUUACAACUCCAGAUUAAGGCUUAUUCCAGGCAAGUUGCGAUCAAGAUGGGACGGUCCCUAUCAAGUAGAGAAGGCGGAGGCAUACGGAGUCUUUCACUUGAGUCAUCCUUCAAGCUUUGAAUUCAUCAAGGUCAAUGGACAUCGCUUAAAGCUAUAUCAUGGUGAGAAGAUGCAGAAGAACAAGGAGCUAGAGAUCUUCCUCUUGGAGGAUCCACCAACAGCAGGAGACUGA